AUGGCUCUCCAACCCACUCUUAGACCUCUGGUCAUUGCCGGCAGCUACGAAGCGCCACAUACUCUUGAGAUUUUCCUUGAUUAUGUCUGUCCAUUCAGCGCAAAAAUGUCAGGCGCGAUUGAGACCGUGCUGAGGCCCCUUUUCCAACCAGGGGGAAAGUACGAGGGGAAAGUGAAAGCGAUCUUUCGACCACAAGUUCAGCCAUGGCACGGCUCGUCUACAUUUACACAUGAGGCUGGGCUGGCUGUUCUGCGGGUUUCUCCGGAACACUUUUGGGCGUUCAGUCUCGCUCUCUUCAAACGUCAAGGCGAAUAUUUCGAUAUUCCUACCUCGACACUCACUCCUCUACAAAUCCGAGCAAGCCUUGCGAAGCUAGCGGCAGAAGUUAUCCCCGCCAAUAAAGUUGAAGAAUUCGAGGAACUCCUGAAGCUCAAAUCCUCUCCAAAUGGCGGCGUGGCCGUUACCGACGACUUGAAAUAUACAAUCAAAUUCUCUAGGCAGAAUGGCAUCCAUGUAUCGCCUACCGUGCUUUGGGAUGGCCUCGUCGCGAACGAGAUUUCCAGCUCAUGGGGUGAGAAAGAGUGGUCUGAAUUUCUCUCGUCCAAGGUCCAAGCGUAG